UCCUCUCGCUCGCUCGCUCGCCCAAGUAGGCCUCGUCGUUUUGUUUCACGCCGAAAUUUCACACGCGCCUGCCUGCCUGCGGGAGGAGCGGAGCAACAGAUCGGCGAGAGGCCGCGCGCGUCCUCGAUCGGGCGGGCGCUCGCGCGUGGUUGUGGGUAGAGUAGCAGCUUCGCUUGAUCCGGCGCGGCGCGGCGCGCGUGGCCGGAGUGUUGGCGCAUGAUGAGGAGGUUUCUGCCGGCGGGGGGAGGAGGAGGAGGAGGAGGGGUGGAGCCGUCGUCGUCGGGGCAGCGGGGGGCGGGCGGGGAGGGGGAGGCGGAGGCGGCUGCGGCGGCGGGGCUGCGGUUCGGCGGGGGAGACAUCUCGCUGGGCCCGCACGGCGGCGGCGGCGGGGGCGGAGGGCAUCAUCUGCAGGACGGUAGCGUGGACUUGCUGGCCCGGCACAGCAGCUCGCCGGCCGGGUUCUUCUCCAACCUCAUGGCCAGCAACGGCUUUCCAGGCUCAAAAGGCGGGGGAGGCAGCGGGGCCGAAGCCCACCACCACCACCACCCUUCCAUGGCCAACUCCGGCAGCGGCAGCAGCAGCGGAGGCGGCAGGAAGAUGAAGUCCCAGCUGAGCUUCACGGCCGGGCCGGGGCACCUGUCGCACAUCGCGGAGGACGGCGGCUUCCCCGUCGACCGCGCCGGCCACUCCGCCGGCGCCGAGGCCUCCGUGCCCCGCACCUUCUCGGCCGGCGGCAGCAGCAGCGGCGGGUUCUCCAUCGUCGGGCCGUGGGAGGAGUCCAGGGACAUCAUCUCCACCCUCGGCGGGUACGAGUCCCAGUUCGGCGGCAUGGCGAGCACGUCGGCGCUGGAGAUGGCGGGCAUGGACAGGUACCUGCAGCUGCAGCAUGACCAGGUGCCGUUCAAAGUGCGGGCCAAGCGCGGCUGCGCGACGCACCCCAGGAGCAUCGCGGAGAGGGAACGGAGGACGAGGAUUAGCGAGAAGCUCCGGAAGCUGCAGGAGCUUGUGCCCAACAUGGACAAGCAAACAAGCACCGCGGACAUGUUGGACCUUGCAGUCGAGCAUAUCAAGGGUCUGCAGAGCCAGCUACAGGCUCUGAAGCAUGAGCAGGAGAAGUGCACCUGCUGCAGCAGGCCUUGAUUGACGACGCAGCGAUAAUUAAAAAGGCACACCUUUCCUUGAGUAGCUAGCCACCCCAAAUUAAUUAAGGACGAUGCAGAUACACACUUUCAUUUCCUCGAGAGAUCAGCAACUUUAACGUUCACGGAUGCAUGCACGACGACCAAUACAAUAAAUCCAUAUCGAUCGAUCGUGAUGGAGCCGUUUCGUCGAAACGUGUAAAUUGUUAGAUAGGAGACGGAGGUUAAUUGGAGAGAGGGACACAUGUGUGUGUGCAUGCAUGCAUGCAUGACGAACUGACAACAUUGGAUAUGUACGUACGUACGCACGUACGCUGCUUAAUUUGCAUGGAGCUAUAGCUAGCUAACUGCGAAAUUGCAGCCGCCGUUGUAAUCCCUUGAUUGAUUCUCGAUCGACCCGCUGAUGAUUAAUUAGUUUGUAGUUCUGUCUUAAAUUAAUAUGCUUUUUUUUAUGACGAGGGGAGCGGGGAAAUUAAUAAAAAAACAAAAUUUGG